GAUAAGAUGCCAGAGGUGAGGCAAAGUUCUUUUGCAUUAUUGGGAGACCUUACCAAGGCAUGCUUUCAACAUGUCAAAUCAUGCAUUGCGGAUUUCAUGCCUAUCUUAGGAACAAACCUAAACCCUGAUUUAAUUUCUGUAUGCAACAAUGCUACCUGGGCAAUUGGUGAAAUUUCUAUACAAAUGGGAAUUGAAAUGCAGCCUUAUAUUCCAAUGGUGUUGCACCAACUUGUAGAAAUCAUUAACAAACCCAACACGCCAAAGACUCUUUUAGAGAAUACAGCAAUAACAAUUGGUCGUCUUGGUUACGUUUGUCCUCAAGAGGUGGCCCCCAUGCUACAGCAGUUUAUAAGACCCUGGUGUACAUCAUUACGAAACAUCCGGGACAAUGAGGAGAAAGAUUCUGCUUUUCGUGGAAUUUGUACUAUGAUCAGUGUUAAUCCUGGAGGUGUUGUUCAGGAUUUUAUAUUUUUCUGUGAUGCUGUUGCAUCGUGGAUUAAUCCAAAGGAAGAUCUUCGGGACAUGUUCUGUAAGAUUCUUCACGGAUUUAAAAACCAAGUAGGGGAUGAAAAUUGGAGACGCUUUUCAGACCAGUUUCCACUUCCGCUUAAAGAACGUCUUGCAGCAUACUAUGGAGUUUAA